GCCUCACAGCCUCCUUCACCGUGUAUAAAUACUCCACCCUCGCGGCCACAACCCCUGCACUGCACUGCAACUACCAGCCUAGCUAGGCAUAGCCAGAAGCCACUCAGCAACUCCCCUCCCUCGCGCUCUCUUGGUGCAGGCGCGAUGGCCGCACCUUUUCUGCUCCUUCUGCUCGUCGUUUCUGGAGGCGCUGCAGCGGGCGGCGACGGCGAGGCAGGGCUGACCCGGCUCGAGCUCCGAGGCAUCGACGACACGGGCCGUAGGCACGGGCCCUUCGCGCUGGAGGAGCCGGAGUUCAUGCCCGUUAUCUCCACGCACGACGACGAGGCGGUCGAAGCUCCCCGGCUUGAGUUCCGAGGCAUCGACGACUCGGGCCGUGGGCACGCGUCCGACGCGCCGGAGGAGCCGGUGUUCAUGGCCCAUCUCGACGACGAGGCGGGCGAAGCGCCCCGGCUCGAGUUCCGGGGUAUCGACGGCUCGGGCCAUGGGCACGCGUCCGACGCGCCGGAGGAGCGGGCGUUCACGGACGUCAUCUCCACGGGCGGCGCCUGCGGCCGCUUCGCCCGCCUCGUCGCCGAGACGGGGAACGCGGGCCAGCUCUUCUGGGAGCGCGCCGCGGGCGCCGGCGGUCUCACGGUGUUCUGCCCCGAAGACAAGGCCCUUGCCGAGUUCGAGCCCAAGUUCAGAAGCCUCGGCGCCGACGACCGGCUCGCCGUCCUGCUGUACCACGGCGCGGCGGUGUGCUACCGGAGGGAGCAGUUCCGGGCGUUCGACUGGGUGUCAGUGAGCUCGCUGGCCACCGACGCGGCCACAAACAAGAGCCACGCCAUCACCAUCCGCGGCGACGGGGACACGGUGCGGCUGUGGCCGUCGUGCGCGAGCGGCGCUGGGGUCAGGGUGACCAAGACGGUGUCCGAAGAGGCCCCCCUCGCCGUGUACGUCAUCGACGCCGUGCUGCUGCCGAGCCACCUGCGACAGAAGCUGGAUGUCGGCGAAGAGCGGGCUGCUGCGUGCAAGCCGUCCGGCGGCUAUCUCGACUGGCUGCACUCCUGCAUCCCGGCAUGGGCAAUGAUAGCCAUGGCCUUGGUGAGCAUCCUGGGCUUCCAUGCCGGGGUUUUUCUUCACGAUGUACUGAACAAGAACAAGGAGGCCAAUUUAUCAGGUUAUUAAGUUUAUCUGCACUAGUAGUGAAUAAGGUUGUGAUUUGCGCAUGAUCGAGUAUGUGUUUAGCUCAGCAUAUACAGAUUGCUGCAGCAUGAUCGAGUAUGUGUUUUCUUCUGCCGGAGUUAAGUGUGUUUGGCUCAUGUGCCACAGCUUAAUUUGCAUAACAUGAUUUUUUUUAGUGCGGCA